AUGAAGAAUCUGGACGAGCAGUACGAAGCAACGAAAGCAGCGAUCCGGAGCUCAAUUUUGACGCGCCCCUCGAAGAAAGGCAACCCAUCAAAGAACGCAACGACACAGAGCUCGGUCGAACCAAGAAACGGAGGUGCCCACAAUUACCAAGUUGGUGCCGGGCGCGGAAGAGGAGAGCCGCGCAGCAACACUUGGGUAAGAAGGCCCACAAACUACGACGAAAAGGCGUUCUACGAGUAUCACCAAACCUAUGGGCAUCCGACGGCAAAAUGCCGAACUCUGGAAGCCAAACUCGCGGCUAAGAUGGCGGCGGGAGAGCUCUUGAACGCGGUGAAUCUCAAAGACAUCGUCCCUAAUGAGCCAAAAGAGGGAACCGAGCCGAGCGGCACAGCAGAACCCGCAAAUCCUCCCCGGCGGGGCGAUAACACCAAGCGCGACAUGAGAGGCGAACCCGAAGAGCAACCCGAGCCGAGACAAAGGAUCAACAUGAUCAUGGGUGGAUCUCAAUAUUACCAAGACACGGUGUCUUCCAUGAAGGCUUAUCAGCGCCGAGCCGAAGCGAAGGAAAAUUGGACAGAACCGACCGAUAUUCUGAAUACGGUGAUCUCCUUCGCUGAAGAGGAAACGGCAGGGAUAGAUAGACUGCACAACGAUCCACUAGUGAUCGAAUUGAUGAUCAGAGACCACGAUGUAACGAGAGUGCUCAUCUAUAAUGGGAGCUCGGUAGACGUCAUUUUUAGGGAGACAGUCAGAAUGAUGGGAAUCGAUCUCUCCGAGGUGACGGCGAUCCCCAAACCUCUAACCGGAUUUUCAGGAGAAACAAUGAUGACUAUGGGCACAAUUAAGCUCCCUAUGGUAGCCGGCGGAGUCACUAGUAUCGUCGAAUUCUGCGUCACCGAUGACCCAGCAAUCUACAAUGUGAUUAUGGGAACUCCAUGGAUCAAUGCAAUGAGGGCGGUCCCUUCCACCUAUCACCUCUGCCUCAAAUUCCCGACUCCAGCAGGCAUCAAAAUAAUUUGGGGAAACCAGAAGGAGUCGCGAAUGUGUUGCUUGGCGGAGCACAAGUUGAGGAACCCCGUCACCGAUGCGCGACCAGACGUAAAUCGCAAAACGCUGAAGACGGACCGAGAGCCUACGAACGAGCUCUCAAAACUCUUAUAG